UGGUGGCUGCAACUGUCGAAAAAUCAUACCGUUACCAUUUAGUUUUGUGGUAAAUUUUUUGUACUGUAUAUUUGUGAAAGGAGACCAAAUAGAACACUCUACGGGUGAGAGAGGAACUAGCUUUAGUUUAAACCAUGGCUCUUGAAACACUGAGCGUCCCUCAACUGGAACUAGAGGCUGUUAUUGGGUUCAACGGGUAUGUGUUUUCAGGCCUGAGAGUCCAUCCAGACAGAGAGCACCUGAUCUAUCCUCUGGGAUGCACAGUCAUACUGAAGAGAAUCAAAGAUGGCAAGCAGGAGUUCCUACAUGGACACACAAACAAUGUGUCCUGUGUUUCAGUGUCCAAAAGUGGAUCAUAUAUUGCCUCCGGACAGGUCAACUUCAUGGGCUUUAAGGCUGCAAUAAUUAUCUGGGACUAUGCACAGCGAAAGAUCUAUGCUGAGCUGCUGCUCCACAAGGCUAAGGUAGAAGCACUGGCCUUCUCCCCAAAUGACAAGUACCUGGUGUCCCUCGGGGGUCAAGAUGAUGGCAGUAUAGUUGUGUGGAAUAUUGAGACCAAGCAGGCCAUAUGUGGGAGUCCAGCUUCAGCUCAGAGUUCCGGUCACUGCCUCGCUGUACAAUAUUCAAACACAAAUGACAAUAUCUUUGUUUCUGCUGGGAGUGGAACACUGCGAGUUUGGGAAUUGGACCUCCCCAACAGAAAGAUCUGGCCCACAGAGUGUGAGACAGGCCUGCUGAAGAGGAUUGUGAAAUGUAUAGAGAUUUCAGAUGAUGAUCAGUUCAUUUUCUGUGGCACUACAAGUGGAGACAUAAUGAAAAUCACCUUGAACACCGGGCGUCUGAGUGACUGUGGACCAAAUAAAAGAAAAUACAGCCUAGGUGUCAGUGCCCUAAGGAUAUUGAAGUGUGGGCACCUUCUUGUGGGUUCUGGGUCUGGUGCUUUCACUCUGUGUUCCACCACCAACUUCAAAAUUCUUAAGGAAGUCCAGCUGGUAAAGGGGGUGACCUCCAUCGCUACAAGAGGAGAGGGACAGCAGUUCUUUGUUGGCACAGAAGCUGCUCAGAUGUACCGCUUCAGUUAUGAAGACUUCAAAGCAGAACUCAUAUCUACCAACCACAAUAAUGCUGUCAAGGACGUUGCCAUCCCUUUUGCAAUAUCAGAAUUAUUUGCAACCUGCACUGAGGAGGACAUCAGGGUUUGGCACAUAGACAAACCCAUAGAACUGCUGCGCAUCACUGUGCCCAACAUAACCUGCAAUUCUUUGGGCAUUAUGGCGGACGGACACAGCAUCAUCAGUGCAUGGAAUGAUGGUACCAUUCGUGUGUUUGCACCGGAAAGUGGUCGGCUCAUGCUCAUCAUCUACAAUGCUCACAGAAUGGGAGUGACAGCAAUCGCUGGCACCAGAGACUGCAGGAGGAUCGUCAGUGGAGGGGGAGAGGGACAAGUGCGUGUUUGGGAGCUGCAGCAUCAGGGCCAUCGCUUGCUGGAGACUAUGAAAGAGCACAGAGCCUCAAUCACUUGUAUAAAAAUCAAGAGUAACGACAAAGAGUGUGUCACUGCAAGCUCUGAUGGUGCCUGCAUCAUCUGGGAUAUUGUGCGAUUUGUGAGCCUUCAAAGGAUGAUCACCAACACGCCGUUCCGGACCGUGUGCUACCAUCCAGAGGAAUACCAGAUCAUUACCAGUGGCACUGACAGAAAGGUUGCCUACUGGGAAGUGUGUGAUGGCGCUGCCAUCAGAGAACUGGAGGCAUCGCAGUCUGGAGCCAUCAACAGCAUGCACAUCUCACAGGAUGGAAAACACUUUGUGACAGGUGGAGACGACAAGCUGGUGAAGGUGUGGGACUACAUGGCAGGUGCAGUAACCUAUGUGGGGAUAGGUCAUGGUGGCAGCAUCACCAGUGUCAAGAUCUGCGACAACAACCGCAUCUUAGUCAGCACCAGCGCAGAUGGAGCCAUUUUCCGGUGGAAGUUCCCUCAUCCACCUUCCGCCUAACUUGAAGCUUGAAGAAUCAGACAGAUGGAAUCCAUUUCUUUUUUUGCAUAGUCAUGAUACUACUGAAUUAAUUCUCAAAUUAUUUUUCCAUUUUUUUCCCUGUUUUUUCUGGAUUUUUCUUAAAUUUUCUAAGCAAAUGUUCCUAAAGGAAUUCAACAAUCUUACGUCAACACUGUGGAAUGGAUUUACACUCAUCAAAAAAUGUAUGUAAAAUGAUGGAACAGUUCAGAAACAAUAGCUGUAUUAGAUUUUCUUUUUAUGCAGAGAAAGGACAAUGCAUAUAAGUAGACUGAUAAAGUAAUCAAACCCCUUCACAACUUCUACACUAUGCUGUGUUGUGCAUUUUGCUAAUUUUAUUGUUAGUUUCAAACUGAUAAAAAUUACAAUCUCA